ACGUUCCCUUUUUUCGGUGACUUGUUCACUUUUGCUGUUAGCAUUUUCCAUUUUCUCUUUUAAAUCUGUUCAUCGAAAGUGGGAGUUUUAUUGUAUAUACACCAUUAUGGCUACCAUACCAUUCUAUCAGACCAAUAGAAAUGCUUUUACGUCACAAUCAUUUUUCGGAUCAAUAUUUCCCCUUGUGCCCACACACAUGUACACUUCCACAAGGAAAGCGAGACCAACACAUUGUGCACGUACCGUAAAUGUAUGUGUGCAACAUGGAAAAACGCUUUUCGUUCGCUUUUAGUCUCAUUUUCACCUCUAACGCAGCUAGGUCCUCGACCAAAGGCGCGUAUUCCUACCAAAAACCAAAUACAGUUGAAUUAUUCAAAAAGUAUCGAAAAUUGUAUUUAUAAAAAAAAAACCAAAAAUAAACGACAAUUGCUUUACAAAAAAAAAGAGAAAUGCUACAACAAUAGAACUGUCAAAGCUUCAAAAAAUCUAUAUAAAUUGAUUGAACUUAAAAAUUCAGCCGAUUUUGAGUUUGUUCUUCAUAAGAAAUAAAAAAAAAAUAUAAACAACAUCAAAUAAAUAAAAAAAAUUCCAUGUUCAUUGAAAAAGCAUUCAAAUUGAAGAAAAUUCCAUCUUAAUUUAAAAUCAAUCGAGUUAUUUUGGUGGUGAAAUUUGCCGCCAAACAACAAUCGAAACGAAUUGUUGUGUGUCCGAUUUUCUUUUCAGUGAUAAUAAUUAAUUUGAGUAUCGGUUUAAAUGCUUGAAAGAAGCCACUUUCAAGCUAAGCGCUUAGCAAACGCACAUGUGUCGGUUACAUUUUAGGACAAGAAACAGUCCCUCACAAAAAACAUCCUUGCGUUGGGGAGAUAGCUGUUUCAUCUGUAACACCAAUCAUUGAUGUCUAUUACAAAUCGCUAAUCAAUUGGUUGCAAUCCACCAAACAUCAACGAAUUUAUUCAAAUCAAUAACAAACACAAGUUUUGCUUAAGUAGCAACGAUUUUAACAUCAAAUCCAGUACAAGUCGCUCGAUCGAGGCAAAAAGGUUGAGCCAAAUCAUCUAUAAAUUAAGUACGAUUCGAAGAUCUAACAAAAGAAUACAAAAAAACCGUAUUCGAAAUCCUUGUUUGUUUCAAUACUCUUUUCCCUUCUACUGGAAUUCAACUAUUUGACUCGCGAUCAUCAAAUCAGAAAGGAACACUCAAUUGAAAUUACAUUUUUUUGGAAAUGCUUAUUUAUACACGUGAAAAGUGAUUGUGUUCUAAUUUGCGCAAAGUGUUCAGUUUCCAAGAUUCUAAAAUCAACAACAGAAAAAAAACUCUGUACGUGAAAUUCGAAUAAAACUCUCAUUCACUCCUCAACUAUUCAAAAAACGGGGAUUAUAUAAUCCCAAUCAUCCAUAGUAAAAAUAAAACAAUUUUGAAGUCAUUUAAAAAUGAAUGUUGCUUAAAAAAAGCGACCGAAGAAGUAAAGGAGCUCGUAUACUAGAAUUCAAUUCAAACAAUCAUAAUUUCCAAGUAUAACUGUGGUAGUGUUUAGCUUUUGCAAAUCGAUUCGUGAUUUCCGACGAUUGCAACAAUAGAGCUGCCAAACACACAAAUAUACACAAAGUUUCCUUCGUUGGACUUUGUGUUCGAGCGCACAUAUCAAUUUAACCCCUAACAUAUUUUAUUGAAACAUAUAAGGAGGCUAGAAAAAGCUUCACAAAACUGCCGUAAACAUGAUUAACUUAGCUGGCGUUGUUAGUAUCGUCCUAUUUUAUUUACUCAUUUUGGCGGUUGGAAUAUGGGCUGGUCGAAAAAAAGAAGAAGGAAAUGAUUCUGAAGAAGAGGUUAUGCUGGCUGGCCGUUCGAUCGGUUUAUUCGUUGGCAUUUUCACGAUGACAGCCACAUGGGUGGGUGGUGGUUAUAUAAACGGUACUGCUGAGGCAAUUUAUACCAAAGGUUUGGUUUGGUGUCAAGCACCAUUUGGCUAUGCAUUAAGUUUGGUCUUUGGUGGCAUAUUCUUUGCGAAUCCAAUGCGAAAACAGGGUUACAUCACAAUGUUGGAUCCGCUACAGGAUUUGUUUGGUGAACGUAUGGGUGGAUUGCUAUUUUUGCCAGCAUUAUGCGGUGAAGUGUUUUGGGCGGCUGGCAUCUUGGCUGCAUUAGGUGCCACACUUGCUGUUAUUAUUGACAUGGAUCAAAAUUCAUCGGUUAUUUUGUCGGCGAUGAUAGCUGUAUUUUAUACAUUGUUUGGUGGCUUGUAUUCGGUUGCGUACACAGAUGUGAUUCAAUUAUUCUGUAUAUUUGCCGGUCUGUGGAUGUGCAUUCCAUUUGCAUGGGGAAAUAAACAUGUAAAAAGUUUGAGUGACAUGGAAGUCGAUUGGAUUGGCGAAGUUGAUCCGCGUCAACAAUGGUAUUAUAUUGACAACGGUUUGUUGCUCAUUUUCGGUGGAAUUCCAUGGCAAGUGUAUUUCCAGCGUGUACUGUCAAGUAAAACGGCCGGACGAGCACAGAUUCUAUCGUAUGUGGCUGCGUUCGGUUGUAUUCUAAUGGCCAUUCCACCAGUUUUGAUUGGAGCCAUUGCUAAGGCAACACCAUGGAAUGAAACUGGUUACACCGGCCCUUGGCCUCUCACAGCCAAAGAACAAAGUAUGGUUUUGCCAAUGGUACUACAAUUUUUAACGCCAGACUUUGUAUCAUUCUUUGGAUUGGGCGCUGUUUCAGCGGCUGUUAUGUCAUCAGCUGAUUCGUCUGUUCUAUCAGCGGCUUCAAUGUUUGCACGUAACGUGUAUCGACUCAUUUUUCGUCAAAAUGCAUCCGAAAUGGAAAUCAUCUGGGUUAUGCGAAUUGGAAUCUGUGUUGUUGGCAUUUUAGCUACCGUUAUGGCAUUAACCAUCCCAUCAAUUUAUGGACUAUGGUCUAUGUGCUCUGAUUUAGUUUAUUGCAUCCUAUUUCCACAGUUGUUGAUGGUUGUUCACUUCAAAAAUCACUGCAACACAUACGGAAGUUUGGCGGCUUAUAUUGUUGGUUUGGUGGUUCGUAUCUCCGGUGGUGAAAGUCAAAUUGGUAUACCAGCAUUUAUCGAAUAUCCUGGAUAUGAUGAAGAUGCCCAAGAACAACUAUUUCCAUUCCGUACAUUGGCCAUGCUAUUGAGUUUAAUCACGCUUUAUGGUGUUUCGUAUUACACAAAAUUCAUUUUUGAAACCGGUCGACUUGCACCACAAUAUGAUUAUUUUAGAUGCGUCGUCAAUAUUCCAGACGAUGCAAUUCGUGUUGGUGAUCCAUCCGAAGUGGGCGAACAAUUACAUGUCAUGGCUGGUCCCAUGGCAAAGAUUUACGGUGCCGCAACAAUGGUUGGAAAAGAUGAAAUGAAUGGCCGUAUCAAUCCGGCUAUGGAAAUAGAUGAUGAUCUACCAGCUGCAGAGGCCGAACGUAAUCGAAAAAUUGUUGAAGAUGUGAAAAAGAGAGUUGCCGCAUUGCCACCGACGACAGAAGGAAAUACAAAUUUCUAAAGCGGCUUUUCGUUUAACCAGUUUUAGAACAAAAAAAUGAAAUUUAAAGCACAUUCAUUUCGGUUUUACAACAGAUUUCGAAACAUAUUCAGUUCUUUGAUUUUGUACAUUUUUCGUAUAAUUUCGCUAUUCAACUCAAAUAGAACACUUAUAAAUCACACAUACUCACUCCGGUUCUAAUUGAUUAUCACAGCUGAAAUCGAAGUGAAAUGAAGAACAAAGACUUGAUUAAUUGAGUGAUCACUGGGUGGUGUAAAUAGAAUAACGCCAUAUUGACUUUGUUGCGUUCAUUUUUGACAUCGAAAUUGAUCAGAUACCAUUUUAUUUUCAAUGAAAAUUUCAUUUUUAAUGAAAAUAUACAUAUAUAUAUAUAUAAAAUGUAACAUGUGUUUCACAACCAAAAAAAAAGAAGAAUAAUAAUAACAAUAAUAUUUACAAGAGAUGAUGAAUAUAAAUAAAGGGAAACAUAAAUCUGCAAUUAUUUUUAAAACCGAAUACAUAUCAUGUUGAUGCAACGGAAACAGAUACAUAUCAAACUGCAUACUAUUUUAAAUGUACAAAAAAACACACAAUUAUAAGAUUACUAUGGAAUGAAAAAAGAAAGGAAAAUUCGGAUGCAAUUAAAAUGAUUUUUAUUCUAAAGAAAUUGCUUAACGUUUCUUUUUGGUUGCAUCCUUUUUUUAAUUUUUCGAUGUUAUUAUUUAAAAAAAAAGAUAUACUUCUUCCUAAAAUUAUUUAUUUUAGCUCAUUUUUUGAACUCAACCACUGCUUGAAAUCAAUGAGGAAAGGUGCUUUAUAUAGAUGUUAUAUAAAAAUAUAUGAAAAAAGUAGGAUGAACUAUUAUGCAAUUGAUUUGAGUAUACUGUAAAUUUACUAUCAAUAGCGGUGGCUCUACUAAGUUGUUAACGUAAUUUAUAGUCAAUUCAAAUAAGAUCAACAAAAAAAUAAAAUAAACGAACAUACACACAUAUCGAAAAAUUCAUUGAUGAUCAAGGAAAAAAAUCAACUCACAAAAUAUGCAACGUACAAAUAAUAAGGUAUAGUAAAAAAGCAAAAAAUUUACUGAAAAAGUGAAACUUUAUCUACAAUGAUAGACAAAUAUUUGCUUUUAAUUUGUUUUUCGUAAAAAUAUUCGAUUGAUUUAUCAUCUUAUUAUUUUCAUGCAAGUUAAAAACAUAAUGAAUAAAGUAUGAUGUUAGCAAUGCAAAAAAAAUGUAAAGGACACAAUAUUUAGAAAAGAACACACACACAUACACACAACAGCUUGUCUAGAGAACUGAAUAUACUAGAUUUUUAGAUGCUGUUUAUCAAAUCACAAAAAAAAAAAAUUAUAUAUGUGUAAAAUGUGCAUAGAAGAAUGUUCUUCAUGUAUACAACAGUAUUUGGAACGAUUUUUCUUCUCCAUAAAAUGAUGACAAUUACAAGGAGAAUAGACCAAGAGCCACUCUAACAAGUAACUU